AUGUUCGCCCGCGAAGAGAGUCCAGCGCAGAAACGCAGCUUGGUCUCGACCCUAACAUUCACGACAUGGCUGUCCGACAGCUCACCCAAGACAGAACAUGAGAAUCCAGGUGCAAGCUCACCGCAUAGUCGCUCAUGGACCAAGGGCAUUGUGUUCUGUUCCUGGGUUAUGGGCACUGUGCUCUCCAUUAAUAUCCUCCUAACGAUUAUCGCGGCCGGGAUUGCGUAUUCAAGGAAUGGUCAAGACGAUUUCUCCUUCGCAGCAAUCUACACAGGCAGCUGUGACCGUUCAAAGAACUGGACAACAGGGCUGCACCUUGUUAUUAAUAUUUUAAGCACGGCCAUGCUUGGUGCGAGCAACUACUGUAUGCAGUGUCUUGCAUCCCCAUCGCGUGCUCAAGUCGACGAGGCCCACAGCCAACGGAGAUCCGUGUCGAUUGGGGUGCCCAAUAUCUGGGAUUUGCUUCGAAGGCAACGGGGGAAACGGCAGUUGCUUGGGUGGCUCUUGCUGGCGACAUCGCUGCCCGUCCAUAUGAUAUACAACUCAGCCAUCUUCUUCGCAUUUGGACCGACAGAAUACAGCGUCGUGCUAGGGAGUGGUGGCCCAAUGAAGGGCAAUGGGACAGAAGACUGGAACAACUGCACCGAGCUUAUCGGUAUGGAUGUAGCAACACUCAAUGCCGAGCUCGGCCGGUCAGAUCUGAAAACACUCUCUAAUAAAGAGUGUAUCGACACCUUUGCGCAGGACUAUGUAUCCGGCCAGAGACUGGUUGUCCUGGUUACCGAAAAGGCACUGCCAGAGGGCGAGCCUGUGGUGUUUAUGCUGGGUGGAAAUGCCUUGGAACCUGGCGGCGGCGACGGCAGCGCCUAUACAUGGAUGUGUGGCGGCGGCUCUUACUGCAGCAAGGAUACUGCAAGUAAGAUGCUAAAAGGAGAUGAAUGGACCAUCCAGCCACUGAAGUGGUCAACCCCGACCAUCCAGAUGGAGGUCCCUACUCAGUAUGGCUUCCACAACGUCUCUGGGCAGAUCUAUUUCGGCACACCCGAUUUCCCUGAUAGUACGCCGGAUACCAUACGCCUGAAUGAGAUUCUAGACCAAGAUUUGUACGAAAAGGAGCUGCAGGCGGAACUGGACAAUCCAUCGAACUGGGUCAAUGCCUCCUUUCCCGGCAAUGUGACGGUCUUUGGGCAUACUGCCUAUUGCCAGACACAUGGAAUGAGGCCUAGCAAACUGCCGGAAACCUACCCUGUCGAGCACUGUCUGACUGUUCCAAUGGAGGAGAGCUGCCAGCUGGUGUUCAGCCCUCCAAUAUGUCUAAUUGUGAUUGGGUGUAAUGUCAUAAAACUGAUCUGCGCCCUGUUCACCGCGUCUGAUAGCAGGGACGAUGUUUUCAUGACUAUUGGAGAUGCAAUUGCAUCCUACCUUACUCGGCCAGAUCCUGCAACAGAGGGUUGCUGCCUCCUGUCCAAGUCAUUGAUCAAUAAAGGCAGCCAGGGCUGGCACAGGAAGCCAAAAGAACGGCCCAAGGACGGGGCUACAGAUAUCCCAGACUUGAGACUCCCACUCCAACUCCCUUCUCGGAAGUGGUGGUUCCAAGCCGUGAGUACAGGACGAUGGGUGUUCACCAUUACCAUAUUCGCCUGCAUUAUGAUUCCAGCCGCCUACCUUCUCCGACUUGGAAUGCUGGACUAUUACAAAUCCGCUGGCUCGAGGACCAUCUGGGACACCACCCUGGGCGAAGCAAGUCCAUCAACAACCCUAGGAAACUUUCACGAUCAGAGCGGAACGUCCGCGAUAUUCUCCAUGGUUCUGCUCGCUAACUUGCCGCAACUGCUCGUCUCAGUCGCCUACUUCCUGCUGAAUGCGCUGUUGACAGUCAUGCUCGGUGCCGUUGAAUACAACAACUACGGCCGAGUUCGCAAGGCCUUGCGAGUCUCCUGGCCACAAGGCGGCGCCCAGCGGUCUACCUACUACCUCUCACUCCCAUACAAGUACAGCGUCCCGCUCCUGAUUCUCUCCGCAGUCCUGCAUUGGCUGGUGUCGCAAAGCUUCUUCUUUGUAGAAGUCAUUCCAUAUGACACAGACGGCAAAGUGAGUCCUUAUGGCCAGACCAUAACCGUCGGCCACUCGCCAGUUGCUAUCAUUUUUGCUAUUGCCGUCGGUGGCUCGCUAUUUGUUAUUUCAAUGUUGAUGGGUCUGCGUCGCUUCAAAUCACACAUGCCAAUUGCAGGACAGCAUAGCGCGGCGAUUAGUGCUGCAUGUCACCCAACAACAUCAAGUACCGACGGUACUAACCACGCGCUUAAACCAGUACAGUGGGGUGAGGUCGCGGGUGCAUACUCGGACCCGACGCCAAUGACAUUCUCCAACCGUAUCAGGGGGGAUAUAGACCCCGGCGGGGGCGGUGGAAGCGAAUAUUCACACCAGUUGCCUCUUGAUAAUGGGGGUGCUCUUAGUGGAGUUGGGGCUGUGGAACAAGGCUUUUAUCAUUGUACUUUUACAUCGGAUGAUGUGUGCGAGCCGAGCAAGGGACAUUUAUAUGUAUGA